AUGGCGACUUCUGGCCUGAGAGAAGAGCUGAACUGCUCCAUCUGCCUGAAUCCUUAUACGGAGCCCAUAUCACUGAAAUGUGGACACAACGUCUGCCGGGGAUGUAUUGUGACUGUGCUGGAUACACAGGCGUCUGGCAUUUGCCCGGAGUGCAGAGAGGACUAUCCGCUGGAGAAGAAGAGGAAGCUGUGUAAUGUUGUGGACAAUUUGACAACCAGUCUCCAGGAGGACACAGAGUGGAUGGGGCCUGUAUCUGUAUGUCCUGCUGGGUGGCUGGAGACCACAAAAGGACACCACGUGGAGCUUCUGAAUGAAGCCUUUGAGAAACUGAAAGAUGUUACUGGGAAACUGAGCUCUGAGAUACAGACUGAGAAGAGAAUCCAAAAUCUGGAAAAUCACAGGACACAAGAUAAGGGAAAAGCAGCUGAUGUCAUCGGGAGAGUCACUGAGCUGUUUGGAGACAUCAGGAAACAGCUGGAUGGUGUAGAGAAGAGAAUCCUGGCCGACAUCUCCAGACAGGAGGAGCAGAUCCUACUGAAAGUCUCAGAUCUCAUCCAUCAACUGGAGGAACAGAAGGAUGAGCUGUCCAGGAAGAUUAAUCAGAUGGAAGAACUGUGCAAUAUCCAGGAUCCAUUAACUGUCCUGAAAAAGGCACCCAAUAGAGAUGACAUGAGACCUAAGACAGGUGACACCAACAGUGAUGCAAGUAAUGUUGGCUGUCUGGUUGAUGGAAUCAUCUCUCAGAUGCUACAGAGAGGACUUUGCAGCUUUCAUCAAAGUCUAAAAAAUCUGAUGACAAAGGAACAAUUUUCAGUGCUGGAGAAAUCCAACAUUCUUCUGGAUAUAGAUACUGCUCAUGACAACCUCAUAAUAUCAAAGAAACGGAACAGAGCCACUCACAUUGACAACGGUGUGAACAAGCCGGAUGGUCCAAAGAGGUUUAAAUGCUGCCAGGUACUAAAUAAAUACAGCUUCACAUCCGGGACACAUUACUGGGAGGUUGAUGUAAGAGAAGCAGGGGAAUGGAUGAUCGGGGUGGCCUCUGAAAGCAUGGAGAGGAAGAUAGUGGGAAAAGAAUCUUAUAUAGGCUUUAAUGACAAGUCAUGGAGUCUGAGCCAAAGAGCUUCAAUUCUUCAAGUCAGACACAAGAACAUUGUUAGAAAUAUAGACUCCAAAUCUUUACUGAAAACUGUCGGGAUCCAUCUGGAUUAUGAGGCCGGCCGUCUGUCCUACUACCAGCUGUGUGGCCCCGUCAGACACCUCCACACCUUCACCUUCACUGAACCCCUCUAUCCCGCUUUCUACAUGUUUCCAAAAAGCUCCAUCAGAAUUAUAAAGUAA